AUGGUGGAUGACGCUAGUGCAGUAGGGGGCCCCGGAGGCCCUCGUGGCCCUGGGAUGGGGAACCGUGGUGCUCGCACAGGCAAGGUCAAGGAUAAGGAGUGGAUGCCGGUCACCAAGCUGGGCCGCUUGGUCAAGGACAUGAAGAUCAAGUCCUUGGAGGAGAUCUACCUAUUCUCCCUGCCCAUUAAGGAAUCUGAGAUCAUUGAGUUUUUCUUGGGGGCCUCUCUCAAAGAGGGGGUUUUGAAGAUCAUACCGGUGCAGAAGCAGACCCAUGCUGGCCAGCGCACCAGGUUCAAGGCGUUUGUUGCUAUUAGGGACUACAAUGGCCACGUGGGCCUGGAUGUUAAGUGCUCCAAGGAGAUGGUCACCGCCAUCCAUGGGGCCAUCAUCCUGGCCAAACCCUCCAUUGUCCCCGUGUGCAGAGGCUACUGGGGGAACAAAAUUGGCAAGCCCCACACCAUCCCUUGCAAGGUGACAGGCCGCUGUGGCUCUGUGCUGGUGCUCCUCAUCCCUGCACCCAGGGUCACUGGCAUAGUCUCAGUGCCUGUGCCCAAAAAGCUGCUCAUGAUGGCUGGUAUCGAUGACUGCUACACCUCAACUCGGGGCUGCACUGCCACCCUGGGCAACUUCGCCAAGGCCACCUUUGAUGCCAUCUCUAAGACCUACAGCUACCUGAUCCCUGACCUCUGGAAGGAGAUUGUAUUUACCAAGUCUCCCUAUCACGAAUUAACUGACCACCUUGUCAGGACCCACACCAGAGUCUCCGUGCAGUGGACCCAGGCUCCAGCUGUGGCUACAACAUAG